GAGUUUACCACAGACUACUCCCCCCGGUGUUUCUAAUGGAUCUGAUUUACCACCACCGCAGCCGGAUUCGAACCCGUCGCAGGAUAAUGCGGUGGUUUACCGAGAGGGUAACCUGGUGAGCGGGCGGCUGGAGGCUCUGAUCCAGCACAUGGUCCCCACCAACGACUACUACCCGGACCGGGCCUUCCUCUUCGCCUUCCUCCUCACCUCCAGGCUCUUCGUCAAGCCCCACGAUCUACUGGGGCAGAUCCUGGCCCUCACUGAGUCCCAGCUCAAAGCGAAACAAGCGUCGCCAAAGGAAAGGGCAGCCCUGUUGCCACGUCUAGUCCAGCUGAUCGGCGAGUGGUCGGAGACGUUCCCUUACGACUUCCGGGAUGAGAGGGUCAUGUCCCACGUCCGGGAGGUGGCCGUCAACGUGGAAGGAGCUGCCCGCCAAGAAGUCUCCCUCCUCCUCCAUAACUUGCUCUACAGGCUCAAGAAGCUGGAGCAAUACGAAGCAUUCCUACAUUCGAUACACACUGAGGCAACGACCAAUUCCAUAGAAGCUCUCAGUCAGACUGACGUUAGCGAGUUGUGCGGCUCGGCAGUUAGCUUGGCCCAGCAGCUGACCCACAUCGAGCUGGAGCGGCUGUCCUACAUCGGCCCGGAGGAGUUCGUCCAGGCCUUCGCCAAGGAGAGUCCUGCGCUGGAGACGUCCUUCAAGGACAUGAAGCAGACGCGGAACCUCGAAUCCUAUGUUUCCUGGUUCAACAGGCUAAGCUAUUUCGUAGCGACCGAAGUCUGCAAGCACUUGAAGAGUAAGAAGCAGAGGGUGCGAGUGGUGGAGUUCUGGGUGGAGACGGCACGAGAGUGCUUCAACAUCGGCAACUUCAACUCCCUCAUGGCUAUCAUAGCCGGCCUCAACAUGUCUCCCAUCUCGAGGCUGAAAAGGACGUGGAGCAAGGUUCAGUGCGCCAAGUUCUCCGUCCUCGAGCACCAGAUGGAUCCUUCUUGCAACUUCAGCAGCUACAGGUCGACCCUGAAGGCCGCUGUUUGGAGGUCCGCCGCGGCCACGGACGACACCCAGAGGAUAGUCAUCCCAUUCUUCUCCCUCCUCGUCAAGGACCUCUACUUCCUCAAUGAGGGCUGUUCGAACAAUUUUGUAAAAUGUCGGAGCAGAGCCAAUGAAAUAUCGCUUGCGAAGCAGGUGACCGAGUUCAUCACCUGGAAGCAGGUCCAUUGUCCCUUCCCCAAGUCACCGAAGGUCAUCACCUAUCUCCAGGCCACACCUGUCCUCAAUGAGGAUGCUUUGGCUCUGGCUUCAUUCGAAUGCGAGCCCCCCGAGAAUCACGAGAAGGAGAGGUACAAGUCGCUGAAGUGAACCCGCCGCGCUGUGGACUGUGGACUCGGGCUACAACUGACUGCCCACAGAGACCUUUAAUUAUUUGUUUAUAUUUGUGUAUAUUUUUUAUUUGUAUUAACCGUAUAUUGGUAAUGUAUACUCGCCUCUUUUCUUCUGCAUUGUACCUUCUUUAUUUUAUUUUAUCUACUUCCUUUUUUUGUAUUUUAUUUAUGCCAAGAGUUCCUCUCGUUAUGAGAGUUGUAGAAUAUGACGAAGAAAUUAUUAAUUUUACCAGACUUAAUUGUACUUAGUUUUAUUAGUAUUACCCUAUAAAUAAAAUAAUAUAAAGUCUUAA